AUGGAUAAAUACGAUAAAGACCGAGAUUUUAUGCGUUCGAGUACUGAAUCUAAAUCUACAAAGAAUGAUCUCGCAGAGUAUUACGAAGGUUUAAAAAAUUAUAUAGCUAAUAUUGAUAGUCUACGAAGAAACGCGUAUCCAUUACCGGUACCUGGAAAAACUGGAGCUACUUCUAUACCUAGCGUACAAGAAAAGUACCUAGCACCUGUAAUCCAAAGGAAUGGCGAUCGAUUGUGCAAAUGUAAUCGUUGUGAGAAGACGUUCUACCUUUCAAAAGAUGGCAUGCAAGUUCAUGAAGAUCAAUGCGUGUUUCAUUACGGUAGAAUUAUUACUAAGAGAGUAUUUAUCCUAAGAUUUAAGUAUUUUGGAGGUUGGAAUGGUUAUUUCAAUGAGCGUGCAUAUAGCUGUUGCGGUCAACUAGUAGGAAGAACUGGUUGUACUACUUAUAAGAAUCAUGUGUUUCGAUAUUAUGGAGACAUGUCGUCCGGAUAUGUUACUACUGCUUCUUCGAUAACAGCAGGAAUUGGAGUUUACGCAUUAGAUUGCGAAAUGUGUUACACCUCUAAUGGAAUGGAACUAUGUCGUAUAACUUUGAUAGAUCAUAAUAUCAAAAUAAUCUGCGAUACUUUAGUAAAACCAUCAGGGAGAGUUAUUGAUUAUAAUACAAGAUUUAGUGGCGUUACGGAAAGUGACAUGGAAGGCAUUAACGUUACCUUACGCGACGUUCAAGCAACGCUCUUGAGCUACAUUAAUGGGGAUACUAUACUUGUAGGCCAUGGACUCGAACAUGACUUAUUAGUGUUAAAGUUAAUACAUGAAAAGAUUGUGGACACAGCUUUGGUAUUUCCUCAUCGUCGCGGUUUACCAUAUAAACGAUCUUUGAAGAAUCUUGCGCGUGAUCAUUUGGGACGUACUAUCCAAAGUAGCGACAAAAUUGGUCACGAUAGUAUAGAAGAUGCUGCAACUUGCAUUGACUUAAUGAAAUGGAAGAUAAAAAACGAUGAAUGGAAGAAGCAAUUGACGUUAUUAAAGAACCUGUAUUUUCGAAAACCUAUUAAUGAAAUGUUGUAG